UUCUUUAGCUUCUUCAAUCAUCUUCAACCAUCUAUCUCUCUCUCUCUCUUUCUCAAAUCAGCAAGAUGGCUUCCGCUACAUUGUCCCGAUCAGUAUUCUUGUUAUUGGCUCUUUUCGCCACCUCAUGCAUAGCCCAAGCCCCAGUCGCCGCCCCAACUGUCUCACCCACCGCCAGCCCUACCCCGGCGGUUGCACCCCCAACUCCCUCCCCGGCACCAGUUCUGGCACCUGCUCCAGCUCCUGAAGCUGCAACUCCAUCUCCAUCUCCUUCAAUAUCGAUUGCACCAAGUGCUCUUCCUCCGAGUCCUUCUUCAGCUCCUUCACCAGGGCCCGGAGGACCCACCGCCGAUCUUCCCAGUGGAUCUUUUGCAGAUGGAUGGGUCAACAGAGCUGUCAUUGCUGGGACUGCAGUUGCUGGAUCGUUCCUUGCUGUUACAUUGAUGUAAAGAAGAUGAGAUACAUUCUAAUUUAUUCUUCUAUUCUUGUUACUUGAUUUUGACAUCCUUGAUUGUUGUUCUGCUCUUUUGUGGUUCAUUUUUCAUCGUUGUUUUUAUUUCUAUUAAAUUUGAGAUGUAUGCUGGCAGAAGAUUUAUUAUUUGAAUGGUAUUUGCUUACUUACUUACA